AUGGGGCAGAGGAAGCCUUUCCUCAACGAUGUCUAUUACCCCCCUCAGUUCCGCCGGCUGACACCACAGCGUUAUCGCCAAGCAGAGUUCAUGAUAUCAUCGCAGAACCAGUACACGGGAUUCGGGAUGGGCUUCGGUACCUUGUCACUGAGCACUGGCGGGCUGCCUGCCUUCAAGUUCCGUUCAAGACACGAAAGCAUAGACUGGAGGCGGUUCAGUGCUCUCGACGUGGAGCGAGUGGCCAGAGAACUGGAUGUUUCCACCCUCCAGGAGAACAUCAUGAGCGUGACCUUCUGUAACUUGGACUCUGAGAGGUGUCCCUGUUGCCAGAACUUGGUUGACCCAGUUUUAUUGAAGGUAUUCAAGCUAGCCCAACUUAAUACAGAGUACCUCCUUCACUCCCAGGAAUUCUUCACAAGCAACAUACAGGCACUGGAGGAGCAGCUGCAGUUGGCUUUGGAAGAGCUGGAGAACAGCAGGCAGGAAAUAGUUAAGAAGACGGAGGAGCUGAAGGCAGCGAAAGAGGAGAGCCGACGCCAGAAGAUGAUCGCAACUCUUCAGCUGCUCGUACAGGCAGGAGCCAAUAACUAUCAUAAGUGUCAACUCUGCGACAAGGCAUUUGUGAACUAUUCCUUUCUUCAAGGACAUGUCGAGCGGCGCCACCCAGAGAUCACGCAGGCUGAGAGAAAGACGAAGCAACAGACCGAACAGAUCGUGGAUGAGAUCGAGGAGCUCAGGGAACGGCUGCGCAUCAGCCAGUCACAGCUGGAAGUCGAACGCGAGGCUGAUUCCCUCAGACGAGGCCAGGAGAGAGGAAGAACUGAGGAAGGAAUUUGAAACUUGGAAAGAGGAAGAAAGGAAAAAGAUCUUUCGAGAAAUGGAGAGUCUGCGACAGCAACUUCUAACGGAGUUCCAGGAUAUGGCAUCAAAGAACUUGUCUAUUGAAGCUAAACUGCAGGAGAUUCAAUCAAGAAGUCCAGUUAUUUCCAAAGUGGAGACAUUUCAUGAGAAGGAUCAAACAGAAGAACUGAGAAACUUGAGGGAGAAAUUUGAGAAAUUG